AUGCAAAUUUUUGUCAAGACUUUAACUGGUAAGACCAUCACUCUAGAAGUAGAAUCUUCGGAUACUAUUGACAACGUUAAAUCCAAGAUUCAAGAUAAAGAAGGUAUCCCACCUGACCAACAAAGAUUGAUUUUUGCAGGUAAACAAUUAGAAGAUGGUAGAACAUUAUCUGACUACAAUAUCCAAAAGGAGUCUACUUUACAUCUUGUGUUGAGACUAAGAGGUGGUAUGCAAAUCUUUGUCAAGACUUUAACUGGUAAGACUAUUACCUUAGAAGUAGAAUCUUCUGACACUAUUGAUAAUGUCAAGUCUAAAAUUCAGGACAAAGAAGGUAUCCCACCUGAUCAACAAAGAUUGAUCUUCGCAGGUAAACAACUAGAAGAUGGUAGAACUUUAUCUGACUACAACAUUCAAAAGGAGUCUACUUUACAUCUUGUGUUGAGACUAAGAGGUGGUAUGCAAAUCUUUGUCAAGACUUUAACUGGUAAGACCAUCACUCUAGAAGUAGAAUCUUCGGAUACUAUUGACAACGUCAAGUCUAAAAUUCAGGACAAAGAAGGUAUCCCACCUGACCAACAAAGAUUGAUCUUUGCAGGGAAGCAAUUAGAAGAUGGUAGAACAUUAUCUGACUACAACAUUCAAAAGGAGUCUACUUUACAUCUUGUGUUGAGACUAAGAGGUGGUAUGUAA